GGAAAAUUCUAGACGGAUGAGAAGCGUCGGGGCCCGUGCGCUUUCCGAAGCUCCUCAGACCUCGGAACCGCAUCGCGCGUCUGUGGCUGCCAUAUCCUUGUACGCCAUCUCGACUUCUGCGUCGCGCAUCGUUGCUGCGCGGUCGAUGCUGCCGCUCGGCUCACGUUUAUGUGGACGCGGAAUGCCGCCUGCCUGCGGAGCUGCUGCUCUGCUCUUGCCCGCGGUGGACGCGCGCGGCGAGCAGAUGAGCCCAGAAGACGCGUUCGCGACGCCAUUGCGUCCUCACAUGCCGUCCUUCGACGGCAUGCACAUGCACACCAUGGCCCGCUGAAGGCCGAGGGCGCCAUUGGAGACGCUGAGUUUCUUGGAGCGCUGCGGCAGGUGCUGCCCGUGGAAAAGCUCCAGCCAACGUCGGCACCAGUUGGCCUUGCUGUCAGCGGAGGCGUCGAUUCCAUGGCCAUUGCGACGCUGUAUUCGAGAUGCAAGCAGUCCCACCGCCUACCCGACCUGCAUGGAAUCAUUGUCGACCACAAAGCGAGGCCGGGAAGUGGUCAAGAAGCGCAGUGGGUUGCAGAGCAGCUCGCGACCCUGGGCGUCAAGUCUACCAUAAUCCCAAUGGUGUGGCCCGAGGGCUUUGACCUUCAUACAUCCACCAGAUUCGAAGCUGAGGCACGUAAACGGCGAUACGAAGCACUGGGGAAGACAUGCAGAGACAAAGGCAUCGGGUCGUUGAUCAUGGGCCAGCACAAAGACGACCAAGCAGAGACACUCUUGAUGCGCUUGAGCUCGAACCGCCACAGGUCCGGGCUCGCGGCCACGACACGCAUCGGAUGGAUCCCAGAGUGCUUCGGUGUCCAUGGCGUGUACCACAGUGGCAGUCCUGCAUCGGACAAGAGUUCUGUAGCUCCGUUCUUUGAGCAUGGCGGCAUGCAAGUUCUGCGACCGAUGCUGGACUUUGAGAAGAGCAGGCUGAUUGCGACGUGCGAGAUGCACAGCACCCGUUGGGCAGAAGACGCGACGAACCACGACAGAACGCUCACGGCACGCAACGCUGUCCGUUAUAUCCUGCGAAAUCAUAAGCUUCCGGAGGCCCUCUCAAAAGACUCGGUCGUUUCGGUCGGCCAGAGUGUCCAAUCCCGGCUCGAGAAGCACAAGGCCGCCGCCGCAGCGCUUUAUAGCUCUUGUGACUUCAAGUUGGACAUCCAGACCGGCUCCCUCGUCGUACGCUUUCCACCCGUAGAGGCCUUCUUCCCAGAUUCAGAUCCCGACCAUGUUCCGUCGCCAUCAGAGAAGCUGCAAGCCCGCGCCACAGCCCAAUAUCUUGUCGAAGCCUUCCUCAGACUUAUUUCCCCCAGAGAACACCUCAUCCUCGAAACUAUCGCAAACUCCGUAACCUGGUUCUGGCCAUCCCUCCACCCAGACAAUCUCCCACCCCGCACAUGCCAGUACAAUUCCACCAACGACUGCCUCUUCUCCCACGUCUCCCACGUCUCCCAGAACCAGGACGACCCAAGCACCAAGCACCUCGGCCCAUGGUGCGUCUCCCGCCAGCCUCCCUCAGGGCCAAACUUCGCAAACAUCCGCGAGGUCUUCCCACCCAGCCAGACCUCAGACUGGCGCCUCUUCGACGGCCGCUACUGGAUCCGCGUACACAACCACACAACCCGUCCUAUUACCCUGCGUUUCCUCAAGGACACGAAGCUGGAAGCACUGAUGCGGCUCGACCCCACCGUCAAGGGCUACCGCAACUUGCUCGACUCGGGCUUCGACGCGCGCGCCUCCGACCGAAGGAGGCACCUGCGCGCCGCCCUCGAGGCCAUCAAACCGCACCGCCUCCGGCGCCACCUUCCUGCGCUCUUCCUCGAGCCAGAGCUCGAAGGCGGCGACCCUGAGCUCCUCGCGCUCCCCACGCUGCAAGCCAGCCCCGACCCCAACGACCCCAGCGACCACUGGGAGUGUCGCUGGGAAAUCAGAUACAAGAAAGUAGAUCCCGGUGCAGGGCGGUGUCUGGACGACAUCGCUACGCGCCCCGUGUUCCACCCGCUCGAAUCCGACCCCCUGACGCUCGAGCAGGAAGCCACCAGAGCGCAGCUCGAUGCGCUGGGGCUUCUCAACUCCAUCCCCGAGCCCAGGGACCUAGCGCAGGAGAAGAGGGACAAGAAGAAGAGAUAUCGAGAGCGGAAGAAACUCCACAGAGAGCAAGGGAAAAAGGACAAUGAGCACGCCACACAUCAGCAGCUGGCGCACGACCAGGGCGUGCUCCUGACCCAGGACAUGCGCGAGAUGCUGCACAUGUCUACUGCGGAGGAGAAGGGGAAGGGCAAGUCGAAAUCGAUCGCGUGGGGGGCGGACGUGGGGCUGGUGAAGGAUCGCGACGAAAACGGCGAGCACAUUGUGCGAUGGAAGGGAUUGCCGCCCCCGGUCGCGGUGAAGAGGCUGGUUCCGACGAAGGUGUGGCGGAGGACGUGGUGCAGCGAUUAAGCAACCAACAUGGGACUCGCUUUAGCCUCAGCGACAACGGUCAUCAAGAGCUUGCUUUUGGCGCGGAUGUGGAAACAGGAUAAAGGGGUCAUUGCCCUGGCUGCGCGCAGGCGAAGUCGCCAGGUGUUGUGCGGAUUUUGUGCGAUGAAUUGUCCACGACUUCUCGCGUCAUACAUAUUCUUGAUAUGUGUCUUCGUCAUCCGAAUGCAGGCACAGGAGCGUGCAAUCGUCGAAAGAGACGGACGGAACGCGCCUCCCGAAUAUAUACACCGAGAAUUUCAUAUGAGGUGUAUCAACGCCCUCACGCCCACGCACACCGUUCUUAUCUCUCCCAGACCAAACCAAAUUCAACACCGCGCCCACUCCCUACGUUGGCACACUGCCUACCAACUCUCUCCAAACCUCACACCUCUCCCCCCGUCCUCCUUCCCACCCCCACGCCCCCACAACCCCA